AUGACGCGCCUGAGGUAUCACAAAGCAAUUAGGGCUCCUUACCAUGUUCGUCCAAGAAUGCGCAACUGUGGCAUUCCUGGUUCUUUUCCUCUAACCGCCAUCACCACUAUCAUCCGUGUCAAAAUGGCUGAACGGUUCCGCAAACAGCUUAUGGGCAACACGGAGCUGUACGAUCCUAACAUGAUGGGCGACCAGCUGCCGCAAUUCGGACCUAUCAAGGGAAUAGAAGUAGGAGCUAUCUUUGAGUCCAGGGCUGAGUGUGCGCGGAAGGGCGUGCAUCCGAGAAACGUCGCUGGCAUCGCUGGCACACAGAGGGAUGGCGCGUACUCGAUAUGCUUGUCAUCUGGGUACGAGGAUGAUAAGGACGAUGGGGAUUUCUUCGUAUACACGGGCACAGGAGGGCAGCAGGACUCGUUUUCGGGAUCAAAGAAACAAGUCGCCGACCAAACUUUUGAACACAAAGAUAACUACGCCCUGUUGAAAUCGGUCGAAACCAAGCGGCCAGUUCGCGUCGUUCGCGGUCCCAACCCUAACUCCAAAUAUGCUCCCGUCCAAUAUUAUCGAUAUGAUGGACUAUACAUUGUCGAGAAGGCGUACUUGGACAAGGGCAAGAGCCAGUUUACUGUUUGCAAGUAUGAGUUGCGACGGCUUCCUGGUCAACGACCAGUCCCCAUCAAUCCCGAUUUCAACACACGCAAGAGGAAGUAA